AAAUCGAGCCACGAGUAAUCGCUCAUGUGCAAGUCCUCGGCCCAACAGAGAGGAGCAAACUCCGGCAUGUGUGCAUUUGUGCGCCGUUAAAAUGAACAGCUCUUUUGUUUCCCCGAUACUUAACUGAAUAUAAAUGUGAGGACGGAUUCGCGUCUGUUGCUUUUCGGCGGCAGCUAUGAACGGAGGAAAAAAUACGCUGUCAGUUGAGUAGCUAACUAGCUAGCCGAAGCUAACGUGGUGCUAUCGGCUAACCGUUUUGGGUUCACAGUGUAAUUUGUUGCUGUCGCAGCGUGUAAAUGUAACUUCACCAUAUCCGUUUACACGGGAAAUGAUGCGUUGAUGGCGAUAUAAGUAUUAGGGACAAAUGCCGCUGAUAGAUAAGUUUGUAUGUAGUCGUAAGUGUUGACACUAACACAGUGUUGCCUGUGUGUAACAGUCACCCUGUUAGCCACGUAAACCGCUCCUGCUUGGUGUUGACGUAGCAAGAGCAGCUAGCUUCCCUGUCCUGUCAAGCUAGUUUCGUUUAAUGUCAAUUAGGAGUGCUAAAUCAUUGACAUUGUGCCUAAUAAACCAAGACAUCCGGAAGACCGAGCUCCACAGAGGACAUGCACAUUGUGAGACAAAAUGCUAUAGCUGGACUCGGACGUGUGGCUCGUUGGGUUCUGGUCCUGUUGCACUGAGCGGAUGAUGAAGCGGGUCAUCUGGCUGAUAUCAGGAUUAAACAGAAGAAUGAUGAAGCUGCUCUUUGCCCUCGCUUUGAUCGCCUACAUUGCCUCUGUCUGGGGAACAUAUACGAACAUGAGAUCAAUACAGGAACACGGAGAAAUGAAGAUUGAGCAGAGAAUUGAUGAAGCUGUGGCUCCUCUCAGAGAGAAGAUUCGUGAUCUGGAACAAAGUUUUUCUCAGAAAUACCCACCUGUCAAAUUCCUGUCAGAAAAGGAUCGGAAGAGAAUACUGAUCACUGGUGGGGCUGGUUUUGUGGGUUCCCACUUGACUGAUAAGCUGAUGAUGGACGGCCAUGAGGUGACCGUGGUGGACAACUUCUUCACAGGAAGAAAAAGGAAUGUAGAGCACUGGAUCGGCCACGAAAACUUCGAGCUCAUCAAUCAUGAUGUGGUGGAGCCUCUCUACAUUGAGGUGGACCAGAUCUAUCACCUGGCGUCUCCAGCCUCCCCUCCAAACUACAUGUACAAUCCCAUCAAAACACUCAAGACCAACACCAUUGGCACUCUUAACAUGCUUGGUUUGGCCAAACGUGUGGGUGCCAGACUUCUCUUGGCUUCUACCUCUGAGGUUUAUGGAGAUCCAGAGGUGCAUCCACAAAAUGAGGAGUACUGGGGGCACGUGAAUCCGAUCGGUCCUCGAGCAUGCUACGAUGAAGGGAAACGUGUAGCAGAGACCAUGUGCUACGCCUACAUGAAACAGGAAGGAGUAGAGGUGCGGGUAGCAAGAAUCUUCAAUACAUUUGGCUCCCGAAUGCACAUGAAUGAUGGACGAGUCGUCAGCAACUUCAUCCUGCAGGCUCUUCAGGGAGAGCCUCUCACUGUGUAUGGAACUGGUUCCCAAACAAGAGCCUUUCAGUAUGUGAGUGAUCUGGUGAACGGCCUGGUGCUGUUAAUGAACAGUAACAUCAGCAGUCCAGUCAAUCUGGGGAACCCAGAGGAGCAUACCAUAUUGGAGUUUGCUCGUCUCAUCAAAAGUCUUGUUGUGAGCCGAAGUCAAAUCCAGUUCCUUCCAGAGGCCCAGGACGACCCACAGAGGAGAAGACCUGAUAUUCGAAAAGCAAAGAUGAUGCUUGGCUGGGAGCCGGUGGUGCCUCUGGAGGAAGGCCUGAACAAAACGAUCCAGUACUUCAGCAGGGAACUCGAGCACCAAGCCAACAAUCAGUACAUCCCCAAACCGAAAGCGGCCCGCAUGAAGAAAGGAAGACCCAGACACAACUGAGGUCGGGUUUUCCACCACACACACGGUGUUAAGAUUCCUCAGAGGACCCUUGAAGAGCAACUCUCUAAAAUACACUGUUGUGCAGAGCGUUCUGGGAUAUGGUGUCUUUUUUUUUUUCUUUUUUUCUUUUUUGAGAAGCAGAGACGACUUUCUCUUUAAAGAGUGUAGUGUUGCCUUGCAUUGGAGCUGCACUGAGAGGUCAAUGCUUUCCACAGGGGAGCUUGUGUGUUGGAUGGACAAACUUGAAUCAAGAAAGAAAUCUAAGGCAAGAAAUCUGAACCCAGCCUACUUUUUUUUGUGAAUUUAUGCUUUUGCUAUUUAAAUCGCAGACGUGAGAAUCUUGCAAACAGCUCGUACUGUGCGCCAGUGCUUCGUGUUUAUUUUAUCAGUUUCAUGGUGUUUUGUCUCCAGAGAUGAGGGACCUGAUGUUGUUUUUCCACUGGAUGUUUUGUCGUCUUAUCAGUGGCCUGUCAGUCAACACCCUGCUGGCUGUUGAUGCGGACUGGGCAAAGCUUCGAGAAAGACUGUUACAGCAUCAAUAUGUGUUCAUCAGGACAUCACUGCUUUGUGAAAUCUCAUUUCAGGAUGUGCAUUAUUAAUUUCAGAUGAAGAUGCUAUUUUAAUAAAAUUUGUCCAAUA